AUGGCAAUAUUAGAAAAUUUAAUUUCAAUUCAAUCAAAUGAAAAGAAUAGUUUUUUAAUAAAUAAAAGUUAUAAUCAAUAUUCCAGUAAUAUUAUGUAUAGUAAAUGUGUUUCUCAAAAAGAUAACAUUUGGAAACUCCCACCUAUUCAAAAUUCUCAUACUCACACAGGUUCUGCACAUUUUUCCAUAAAAAACCUUAUUUUCACGAAAUCAAAGUUAAAGAUAUCUUAA